CGUGGGUUGGCAGUCACGUGUCCCCGCUGCCGGGCCUGGGGCUAGCAGUGCGCCUGCGCCGCAGCGGGGCGGGGCGGAGUGUGUUUCCACCAAGUAUCCUGCGGCGGUGGCAGCAGCGUGCGCGCUGCACUGCGGUCCUCCUCGCCUCCCUCAGCCUGAGAUGUGGUCAUGCCAGCCAGGCUUCUCCAAACCCUGGCCUCUUUAUCGAGUGCAUCAUUAAAGGCAUACCAAUGCAAGAGACUUGCUCGGCUUCCACUAAAGCCACUUACGGAAUCUGAAAGUACAGCAUGCCGAAAGAGCCUGAAAAUACAGCAAUGUUUAGACUCAUUCUUUCCUCAAAUAACAGCUGACAGCUUGAAUAAUCCAAAGAUCCUGGAAAUGAGCCGGAUAAUAUCAAAUGAAAGCAGACCCUUUUCAUUAAACGCUGUCCACUGUUGGGAUGGAAAAGCUUGCCUGCCAACCAUGCACCCCUUUGGGACUCCCAGGAAAGUGGCCCACAAACCAAAUCUCUUAUGUGCUAAGUGGUUUAUAAAAACAGUAAAAAGGCAUCAUUCUGUAUCCACUGAAACACUUGUCCCAAAACAAGACCUUCCACAGAUCAAGAGGCCCCUGAAGGCAUCCAGGACCCGCCAGCCCUCCAGGACCAACCUUCCAGAGCUGUCUGUGAAUGAGGACCUGAUGCAGUGCACAGCAUUUGCAACUGCAGAUGAGUAUCACCUGGGAAGUCUGUCUCAAGAGCUGGUCUCCUGUGGAUAUGUGGAAGUGACAAGCCUGCCUAGAGAUGCAGCCAAUGUUUUGGUGAUGGGUGUGGAGAACACUGCAAAAGAAGGUGAUCCUGGAAUGAUAUUCUUGUUCAGGGAAGGAGCUACUGUGUUCUGGAACGUAAGAGACAAAACUGUGAAGCACGUGAUGCAAGUUCUGGAGAGACACGAAACCCAGCCCUAUGAAGUGGCUCUGGUUUACUGGGAGAACGAAGAGCUGAACUACAUGAAAAUAGAGGGACAAUCUAAACUGCACAGAGGGGAAAUCAAGUUAAACUCAGAGCUGGACUUAGAUGACGCUAUACUAGAAAAAUUUGCUUUCUCCAAUGCUCUCUGCCUCUCAGUGAAACUGGCUAUUUGGGAAGCAACGCUGGACAAAUUCAUUGAGUCUAUUCAGUCAAUUCCAGAGGCAUUAAAAGCUGGGAAGAAAGUCAAGCUGUCUCAUAAAGAAGUUAUGCAGAAAAUGGGUGAGCUCUUUGCCCUCAGGCACCGUAUAAAUUUGAGUUCAGAUUUCUUGCUGACUCCCGACUUCUACUGGGACAGAGCAAACCUGGAGGAGCUUUAUGACAAGACCUGCCAAUUUCUCAGCAUUGCUCGAAGAGUUAAGGUCAUGAAUGAAAAGCUUCAACAUUGCAUGGAACUAACAGACCUAAUGCGGAACCACCUGAAUGAGAACCGGGCCCUCCGCCUGGAGUGGAUGAUUGUGAUCCUCAUCACCAUCGAGGUGAUGUUUGAGCUGGGAAGAGUAUUUUUCUGAUCUUUAAUGGGAGCAUCACUGUAAGAGAAAAUUCAAGUUCUGCAACCAAAAAAAAAGAAAAUCAGCAUCCACUUUAAUUUAAUUCAACUGUCACUGGCAUGGGACAGCUAUAAUCCUAGUACUCUGAAAGCUGAAGCAGGAAGAUGAGUUCCCGACUAGCCUUGUGCUACACAGGAAACCCAGCUGGGAGGGGAGCAGACUGGUGGUGCACAUACCAGAAUCAACACUGGGAAAGCAGAGGCAGAGGACUGCCUUAAAAUAAAACAAACAUCUUAAUGAC